AUGGCGCCGACCUCACGGGGGGCCAGCGAGGAGGUGCCUGGCAGCUCGAGGGCUACCGAGAGGAGUAGAGCAGCCGGGAGGCCCGAGGACACAGCAUCCUCUAAUAUUGACCCGCAGGAAAGAGAGGCGAGUUCAGAAGAAUCUGCCGCGUCGGGCGAGUCAGAGCCACCUACUCCGGGGACCGUUAGAGAAGAGCUGUCAAAGCUUGUCGAUGGAAUUGCAGGCGAAGAUGGAAGAAUUCGUCUGGCUGACUUCGAAAAACUGUCCGGUUGCUCCGUUUCCAUCUUGAACGCACUGGAGAUGAAGCUCCCGCGCCAGAAUUCGUGGGACGCCAGCCAAGUUAAAGAGGUUCUAAUCAAUGAAAUGAUCCCACAGUCUACUCCCCCGCAGUCCCCCGUAAGCUCAGGAAUUGUGACACCGAGAACCGACCACCCGCGUGUGGUAGUCAGAGCGCUAGAACCCGCCGGUCAUCCGUCUGUGUCGGUGGCCGUGCCAGAAGAGGCCAAACCAUCACAUACGCGGGAUUUAUCACAUGGUUCGCCGCGCUUCGAGACGGGCUCCCUCCCUUCACCGACGGUGACUGUGCUUGAUGAGCUCGCCCCUCCGCCUCCAUCGCCCACAUCUGUCACACCGACCUCACCCAAUGCGGUGACGCCACUCGGCGUCCGAACGCCUCUUUCGCCGUCGUACAGCUCUCCACGUUCACGCUCCCAGAGUCCCCAUCAGCUCAUGGCGGCUGCUGCUGCGGCGUUCCGUAGUGUAGUCCCCCGUCUUCGUUUGGAGCGGCUGCAGAGGGACGCCCCAGUCUCCGCCGAUUUUAUGGUCAGUGCGCCGGUUGUCCUCCGUUCAACCACACGUCGAACAUUGGAUACACCGGGCACCGAUGGGGGAGCUCGUGGUGAAUCGGGGGAGACUGCGGGGGGCGAUACAGCAACUUCAACUGGACUCCGACUUCAUGCCGGUGAGGGAGGACGGCGCAGCCCGGAAGAGCUAAGGGCACUGAUGAGGCGCGUUGCGAGCCCGCGACACCUCAGUGUCGUUGGAGCCGUGGGAGGUAGCGGCUUUCUUGGGUCUCCGACGGGUACAGCGACAGGUCUUGGUAGUGACGAUGGAGGCAGUGCUCUGGGCACAGGCGGCCGCGGCAUCAGCCCUCGGCCGAGGUCUCACACCGUCUGUGGGUCUGGGCGGGGAUCGAACCUGCUGGAAUCCGAGCAGAGCCAGGGUCCUGCCACGCCGUGGCUGUCGCCCGACCUUCAGGAAGUAGCCGCGUUACUGCGGCAGGGCGAAUGGUAUCGUUCAGGGGGGAGUGCAGACAAAAUAGGCGAUCGCCAUGAAUACGUUGGGCAUGGGCAAGGCGCCCGGUACUUCGAACGCCUGGACAACGUUAUGGACGGCGAUAGCAUGGAGCAGCUCGUGAAACGGGCGAAACGGAAAGUUUUUCUUUAUAUUCAAAAUGCCUUUCAGAUGCCAGACGAUCCUACAGACACGGAUGGCGGGGAUAGUCUCGGUUUUUUACUUCGUCCAGAAGGCACAGGAUCCCGCGGGCGCAGUUUGUGGAGCCGUUGUAGCCCUGCACGUUUGCGAGAGGCAGCGUUGGAAGCGUCUCGAAAGGAUGCUGCUGCAAGUAAUUCCGCUAAGGAGACAUCUCUAGGCAGCAUCACCGCUAGGGAGGAACUGUCAAGCGCAAAAACUGGCGACGACACAUCCGCGGGCGGUGGGAAACCUGGCAUGGCCACGGGAUGCAAUGCCGGAGGAAACGAGGGCGGCACCAAUAAAUCACAGGCGGCUGAUACGCGCGGCGCCCUUGUUCUGGAUCGAGCACACGCGACGCAGCUGAAGAUGACAUUUCUUCAAAUGGCGGACUUCUAUUUGUCUGUGUGCUACCAUCUCGGCGCGCUUUUCAGCAAGGAGAAGGAGAACAACCUAGAGGAGCGCCAGCAUCUUCAAGACACACUGGACGGAUACAAGAAGAAGGUUGAGUUGGCGGAGCAAAAACUUAAGUUGAAUUUCGACCUCGCACAGCAGCAGCGCGAGCAGCUUGAUGCACUGGAGAGAGAUAUUCACGCUCGCGAUGGCAUGGAUCGCAGGAGAGAGGGUUUGAUAAGCGAGUUGCAAGGGCGGCUCAAGAAACAGCACCAGGGGCAUAUCGAAGAACUACGAAAGCGAGACGAGGAGGCAGAGGAGAGUCUACGCCAAUACGAGGUUUUGAAACAGAAGUACAUUAAAAUGUCCGAUGCGUGCGCGAAGUUGCGCGAGCGCGUAGAGGAAGCUGAUGAGAAAAUUGCAACGCUGACUACCGCUGCGGCUAAACGUAGAGCUAGCGCCCGCAGCGGGGAGAGUGACAAAUCAAAGGAGUCCCGCGAGGUGCCCAGGAAGUCGAUAUUCGCUGAAGAGGUUGUGUCUUAUCUGGCACCUCCUCCAACUGCUGUCGCGCGUCCGUAUAGUGCCCCAGCGGUGAGGAGAGCAGAGCGGGGUCCUCGAAUGUCAAUCUUGCACAAUUGGUCAUCGCGGAAGGCAGAGGAGAAUGUGGAAGCUUCCGGUUUGUCGCUGCUCGAGGAAAUCCAGCGAAGUGGUACAGAAAUGCCGUUGCCACAGACGGUGGAGAAAGCAGUAUCAGAGUCGGGGUCUGAAACUGAGCAAGGAUCGACCUCAUCUGAACCCCAUGAAUCUGAAGCGCCUUCUGCAUCCGAGAGUGUCGCUCCUGUCAUGCCCGCCGCUGUGGUCCGUCUGGCUGAGGAGGAGCCAUCCCUUCCGCCUCCGGCAACCCCUCCAGAAAGUCCACGUGACCCGAAGAGUCCUCCACAGAAGGAACAGUCUGCGGAAUUGUCACCUCGCAUCUCCCUUCCCAUGUUGCCAGACGUCUUAGUGUGUCCUCCACCACCAACGAGAUUGCAGGCUGCCGUGGCGAAGACUGUCAUCCGACGGUUUGGAGAAGUCGUGAAAUUGACGUUCGUGAGAAAAUGGAAGGAACUGAAAGGCAAAAAGCUGCGGUCGCAGCCGCUGCAGCCAGCGGUAACGCGCGAUGUGAGUAGUACGCUGCUGGAGUUGUGGGAGGUCAAGGUAAAUCCAGAGGAGCCUGUCGAACAGUUGGCAGAUCUGUCCGUCGUCGGUGCGUUGAGCCGGCAGGCUUUGAUACUACAAAUAGCUCAGUGGCGAAGGAGGCACGAACGUCGGCAUCGACGUCGUCUGUUAGCUGGGAGAAAUGUGCUGCAGCGGCUCUUGUGCCGAAGCUGUGUAGCUUGCUCCUCGUGUACAGCCGGCUACGUGUCCGCACCAUGCGGUCGCGAGCAUAAUAGUGACUGGACCGUAAAUCGUUCACUAGCGUACGGGGCGUCUGCCCUGUUCGUGGGAACAGAGGUGCUAUGA